GUGAAAUCUUAUUCCAGGAAUGAAUGCAUUAUCUUCUACGUGUGGUAAGGCGCCUUCUGAAGAACAACUGGAAAGGAACGCAGCGUGUUUAUUAGAAGGGAGCCAUUUGGAAUAUUUAUCUAGUGAAGAGAGUUCGCUCGAUGACCCCUUUUAUCCUCCAUAUAUGAAAACCUGUGAAAAGGGCCGAAAGCUUGGGAUUCGGCACAAAACCCAAAACAAACUCAAGUGUUCACGAUGUCGUUGUUGGAAACUGGAAAAAGAAUUCGUCAACACUCAUGAUUCCCGAAUCAUGCGGACCUGUAAUUCUUGCCGCAGACGAAAUAAGCCUCAUCCAGCAGUUUUAAAAGCUAAAAAAGCGAUCUCUCAGAGGUGCCACCCCUCCACUAAUUCUCUCCCUGUGAUACAAGCUCCUUCCUCACUACCUUGUUUUCGUCCGUGCCAAGAUAGUUGUGUGAAAUCCACAGUUUGUCCGCCUCAGUCCUACCCAAGCCAAGAAACGGCAGCGAGGUCCUUUACCGUCUCUCCAUCUUCGUCCAACAAUAACUGCUAUGUGGGUUUGAAGAUCGUAGGAAGUUCUCCUGUGAACAGCUUUGAGGUGGACCAUAAGAUGAGGGAAGAAAACCUAGCCGCAUGUCCUUUACCUUUUUCGAUACCUAUGACGCAGCAGUCGUCUUAUCUCCCCUCUCCUUACAACCACUACUAUUAUUACUAUUACUAUUAUUAUUGCAGUCCUUACCCCACGGUUCGGACGACUUCUCAGUCCACGUCGUAUAUGGUGAAUCCGGGAUCGGCUAUGCCUCCCACUGCGCUCUCCUCCAGUCGAACGAGGCCGUGUGCCUGUUUGGACUCACACAGUAUCAACUGUAGUGGGUCGGAUGGAGCGAGGAAUGAGAAGUGUGUUUUGUCAUCUCUGGAUGUUCUUGUUGCGCUGUCGAAGAGGGAACUAGAGACUGUGAAUAGCAAAAGUCGUGUGGAUGCUACACUGUGUAGCGAGAAGGAGACACAGUCUAGCGCUGACGAUACUAUGUGAUCGCUUUGGCGAUAUUGUAUCUUACAACCAGAAGGUAUCAAGAACUUCGAGAGUUCGUUAUGAUUGCAUGUUCUGGAGUGUUGCUUCCGCUUUAGUAU